UUUUCUCGUCGCAAAAUAACGGGGGAGGAAGAGACCUUUCUGGUGCUGCUUUAUUAAAAAUCUCGGAAAGUGGCCGACGAAUUAAAAGCCAGUAAUCCAGGUAACCAGAUAGGUUUGGGGAAUAUUAAAUGAGCUCAACGCCCUAUCAGUUUACCGUGAUGGUGUUUGCAGGCUUCUUUACGAUCAUUGCCUGAACGCCAGAGCAGGUUUCAGAUCUGAUCGUUCCGCAAGCCGUCACGAUGAUCCACAGUCUGUUUCUGGUCAACGCGUCGGGUGAUAUCUUCUUGGAGAAGCACUGGAAGUCUGUGGUCAGUCGGUCCGUGUGCGAUUACUUUUUCGAGGCCCUGGAACGCGCCACGGAACCGGAGAACGUGCCUCCGGUGAUCCCUACCCCGCAUCAUUACCUCAUAAACGUCCUCCGACAUCGCAUCUACUUCGUGGCUGUCAUACAGAGCGAGGUCCCGCCACUUUUUGUCAUCGAAUUUCUUCAUCGUGUGGUCGACACAUUUCAGGACUACUUUGGGGUAUGCACGGAGGCAGCUAUCAAAGACAAUGUUGUCGUGGUCUAUGAGUUGCUGGAGGAGAUGUUGGACAAUGGCUUCCCUCUGGCCACUGAAUCAAACAUUCUGAAAGAACUUAUCAAGCCUCCAACCAUCCUUCGCACAGUGGUCAACACCAUCACAGGAAGUACUAAUGUUGGGGAGCAGCUUCCUACAGGACAGCUGUCGGUGGUUCCAUGGCGGCGCACCGGUGUCAAAUACACUAACAAUGAAGCUUACUUUGACGUGAUUGAAGAGAUUGAUGCUAUCAUAGACAAAUCAGGCUCCACUAUCACAGCCGAGAUCCAGGGUGUAGUAGAUGCCUGUGUGAAACUUACGGGAAUGCCUGAUCUCACCUUGUCCUUUAUGAAUCCUCGGCUGCUCGAUGAUGUGAGUUUUCACCCCUGCGUGCGGUUUAAACGUUGGGAGGCUGAGAGAAUCCUCUCCUUCAUACCCCCAGAUGGAAAUUUUCGUCUUCUCUCCUACCACGUGAGCUCUCAGAACCUGGUGGCCAUCCCAGUGUAUGUAAAACAUAACAUCAGCUUUAGAGAAGGCAGUUCUCAGGGCCGUUUCGAGCUCACUCUCGGCCCGAAGCAGACAAUGGGUAAAGCUGUUGAAUCUGUGCUGGUGAGCAGUCAGCUGCCCCGUGGUGUCCUCAAUGCCAACCUCACUCCCUCACAGGGCACGUACACUUUUGAUCCCGUCACCAAGCUUUUGUCAUGGGAGGUGGGUAAGAUUAACCCUCAGAAACUGCCCAGUUUAAAGGGUUCAAUGAGCCUCCAGACUGGAGCAUCCAAACCGGACGAAAACCCAUCAAUCAACAUCCAGUUCAAGAUACAGCAACUGGCCAUUUCAGGUCUGAAGGUAAACAGGUUGGACAUGUAUGGUGAGAAGUACAAACCUUUUAAAGGCAUCAAAUACAUGACCAAAGCCGGCAAAUUCCAGGUCCGAACCUAAACCACUUCUUUCUGGUUUCGUUCCAUAAUAAAUUGGGUUACAGCAAAGAAAGGAGAGGAAACGAGUUUUAGUAGAUACAUGGAAAACAUUUUGGGAUUAUUUCAGGAAAAUGAUUGGUUCAUUGAAGACUUUGCCUGCCGUUGUUGGAAGGAAUAUGACUGUACAAACAUCAGUGUUGUAAUUACGUUAUCACAUUCAGCCAUUUGCAGCUUUUUUUUUAAUUGCAGUUGCUCAAGAUGGGCAACAUCUUUCUUCUUUUUCAUGGUAUUUGCUUUAUUUCUUUUUGUUUUGCACCUCCGUCCUUCAUUUCAACACUAUAUUUCAUCUAUGUUUAACAUGGUCCGAUUUCUUAAUGAGAUUCGGUGUUCUGCUGUGUAUUGAUCUCUGCUCUCCUCCACUGCAAAAUGAUGCUAUGGGUGACUUAUUUCUGCAUUGCAGAAGAAUACUCUCAUAAUCCUAUUACAGACUGAUUCUUGGUUCCAUUCAAAGUGAUCCUGUGCAGUGUAACUUCAUAAAAAAAUUUUUUUUUAAGAUUGAACAUUUUUUUUAUUUGGUCUAGUUCUUUUCGGAACCAGAAUUGGACAUUUCAGUUCCGCUUCACAAGUUAACAACUCAAGUCUUUUAUUGGCAUUUGUUACACUAUUAUCACCCUAUUUAAAAUCUAACUGACCCCAGGACUCUUAUGACACUAUAAAUGAUGCUUGAAUGCCCAGUUUUCAUCGGUUUUCCCAGAAUGCAACAUUAUUAUUACUUGUAAACUAACAGCUUCAAUUACACAUUCUGUCCUUUCAUUCAAAGUGCAAAACUACUUUAAGGAUAUAUUGAUAUAUAGUUUAUUUAAGGAUACUGCUAUUUGAACCAGACUGCAAGCUUCUGUUCAUGUUGUGAUGUGUGUGUUUUUUUUCUUUCUUAGCACUGUAAACAGUUUAUCUGUAAAACAGUUAUCAACUGAUGAAUAAACAAAUAGCUUCAA